AUGAUGUAUUCUCGCCAUACCCUGCAGCGCUUUGCGCUUGCGGUACUAACACCACAUUUGUUUCAUGCUCAAGCGCAAUCGACAUAUGGCAAUAACAGCUUACGAGUCACCAAGGACAGCGAGGUUGUAGCAUCUGCGUUUCCGGAGGUUGAGGGCGUUGAGCUUAUUGCUCCUGCUUUCACCAAUCCGGAGAGUCUGCCGGCAGGGUGGGACAAUGGCACGUCUGGGCCCACAGAUCUCUAUGAGCUAGACUACUUUAUCAGAUCCAUUGCCAAUCGCAACGACUGGAUCACAUACAAAUCCUCCGACUUCCUCUCAGAAGAAGGACGAGCCAUUCCGUACUUGUUCUUGUCAAGCUCGCCCGGCUACACAGGGAACAAUACCAAGCUGAAGGUCUACAUCCAAGCUGCAAUUCAUGGCAAUGAGCCCGCAGCCGACCAAGGCGCCCUUGCACUGCUUGGCAAAUUGGAUGCCAAUCAGACUUAUGCCGCUUCUCUGCUCGAGAAAAUGGACAUCUUGAUCCUUCCGCGCUAUAACGUGGAUGGUGUAUCCUACUUCCAGCGAGAAUUGGCUGUCAACUUGGAUCCGAACCGAGACCAUAUCAAGCUUGAUCGGAAGCAAACGCGAGAGAUCAAGCAGGUCUUCAGCGACUACAACCCUCAUCUCGCAAUAGACCUUCAUGAGUUCAAUGCCCCGACAGUCUACGGUGGCGAUUAUCAGCAUGCCAACGAUGCUCUCAUCGCAGGAGGCAUCCACCCUAAUAUACAUGCCAGUAUUCGCAGCUAUCUCAACGAUGUCCUGAUCCCCAUGAUUGGAGAUAGGCUUGAGGGUUACGGUCUGCGUUGGGGCCCAUACGUAACUGGCUCUUCGAACACUACCUCGGGAUCGCCAAUUGUCUGGGAUGGGCCUGCUACGCAACCACGAAGCGGACGCAAUGCUAUGGGGCUCACCCAGACUAUCACGUUUUUGUUCGAAAUGCGUGGUAUCCGGCUGGCCGAUCAGCAUUUCCAGCGGCGAGUUGCAACCGCGUUAAUCAAACUCGAAGCCAUAUUGGAAUACGCUCGAGACAAUACCGAGGAGGUUCGAUCCCUGGUGGAGGAUGCGCGAGCAGACUUUAUCAGCUCGAGUGAGGAAAUUGUCGUCACCGACUCUCCGAGAGGAAAUCUCACGCAACAACCGUUCAACUUCGUAGACCGCCGAAACGGCAGCGUGGUCGAGCUUGUCGUGGACUUUUACGAGACCAGGCCUGCCGUGGUGAACUUGACGAGAUCGAGACCUGAGGCCUACUUGAUACCACGACCAUGGUACGACAUCGCUGAGCGCCUAGAGAUACUCGGUCUGGAAGUGCAAACUCUGGACUACGAAUACCGCGGAACUGUCGAGGCGCUGAACAUUACCUCAAGUGAGUUGGACGACAGCAUAUACGAGGGUCAUGUGCUCAACACUGUAACCACUGAGCCUCUCACGAAGGAAGUCCACCUUCCGCCCGGAAGCUUCAUCGUUAGCACGAGGCAGCAGAACGCGGCUUUGGCUUUUAUCGCUCUGGAACCGGAGACGAUCGACUCUUAUGUCUCGUUUAACUUCAUUGCUCUUGCUGCGGGAGAUGAGUACCCCAUCUACAGAAUUCUGGCGGAAUGAGCAAAGCAGCAGCUGCAUUAUAUUUCAUAUCGAGGUACCAAGUAUAGAUUCAUAGACAACUGCUAAACACAAAGUUUUCUCC